AGCCAUGUCAUUAUGCUUUAAAUUUAGUUCUGGCGACCCACUAUGGAAGGGUGGCCCAUCUUUCGUAACGCACGCGACUGAAAGAAGACACGAGUAACCUUUUGGCUCUGAAGAAAAAUCUGUUUUCCAACUGUUGGUUUGAUAAGUAGGUUGAGUGUACCCGCUUAUUUUUUUUCUGUUUAGGGAAAUCGGGGAGUUAACGGGGACCAUGUAGUUGUGCGCAAUUGCAUGCGGGCUUCUGUGGCGGGGGGAGGUGGGAGGUGGGAUGAUAUUGAGAGCUGUUUCGAUUGGAUUAACAAAUAUAGCACCUCACUUUUCCCCCUCGAUGUCUCCAAACGCAGUGAACCAGCUUUGACCUGCUCAAGAGCACACUCUCUCUUAGAUUAAAUCACGGUCGUCUGCAGUGGUGAAUUGGUUGGAGACAAAGUGGGAUGCAGCGCCUGUUCAUCAUCAGUACUUUAACCCAAAUGAUCUGACAGCUGACACUGCGUCAUGGCUGCUGUUCACAACAUGUCCAACACGACACGAAAUUGGACCAAUCCGUUCGUUCAACCGGCGUGGCGCAUCGCGCUGUGGUCCGUGGCGUACAGCUCCGUCCUGGCUGUUGCGCUCCUUGGCAACCUAAUCGUCAUUUGGAUCGUGUUGGCGCACAGGCGGAUGAGAACAGUCACCAACUACUUCCUGCUGAACUUGGCUUUUGCCGACGCGUCGAUGGCCGCGUUCAACACGUUGAUCAACUUUAUCUACGCGGUGCAAGGCGAGUGGUACUUUGGAGAGGCGUACUGCAGGUUCCACAACUUCUUCCCCGUCGCCGCCGUGUUCGCCAGCAUCUACUCCAUGACGGCCAUCGCCAUGGACCGGUACAUGGCCAUCAUCCACCCGCUGACGCCGCGUAUGUCGGCGAUGGCCACAAAGGCGGUGAUCGUGAGUAUCUGGGGACUGGCGGUGGUGCUUGCCUUUCCCGUCUGCUACUUCUCAAAGGUGCUCAGCGUUCCGCGGCGCACGCUCUGCUACAUCGCCUGGCCGCGCAAGCAGGACGACGCCUUCAUGUACCACAUCAUAGUGAUCGUGUUGGUGUAUGUGCUGCCCCUAGUGGUGAUGGGUAUCACCUACACCAUCGUGGGGGUCACCCUGUGGGGAGGGGAGGUCCCAGGUAACUCCUCGGAUAACAACCAUGGACAGCUGAAGGCUAAACGCAAAGUGGUGAAGAUGAUGAUCAUUGUGGUGGUGACCUUUGCCCUCUGCUGGCUGCCCUAUCACGUGUACUUCAUCGUGACGGGCCUGUCCAAGCCACUGACCCGCUGGAAGUACAUCCAGCAGGUGUACCUGUCGGUGAUGUGGCUGGCCAUGAGCUCCACCAUGUACAACCCCAUCAUCUACUGCUGCCUCAACAGCAGGUUCCGGGCGGGCUUCAAGCACGUGUUCCGCUGCUGCCCGUGCGUUCGUGAGUCCGGGAGCUACGACGAGCUGGAGCUGCGCAGCACGCGCCUCGGCCCGGGACGCCCUGCCAGCAUGUGCACCCUGUCCCGGGCGGACACCAGCCUCCGCAGCACCCUGCACCGCCACCGCAGCACCCAGAAGAGCGUGGGGUCCUGCUACGGCCGGGACGGCCGCGGCCUGCCCACCGUCCAGCGCAGACAGCUGACGGCCCGGUCCAGGCUGUACAGUGAUCCUGGGGACUGUGCAGGGAGCCCAAAUGAAACAGUGUGCAGCGAACCCAGUGACGUCAAUGUGGAGUGAACUGGGUUAAGUGUACACUGCGGUGAACCCAAAUGAAAAGACGAUACAGUGAACCAAAUACAAUGACUCUUCUAAACCGGCAAUGGAAAGGAAUGAAUUGUAUUCACCUGGCAGGGAACCCAUGUGAAAAGGCUGUGCAGUGAACACAACUAAAUGACCACAGCAAACCCAUACUUAAAUAAAUGGUGAGUGAAUUGGAUUCACCUUACAUUGAAAUCCAAAAGUUAAAUGUUGAGAGAAAUGGAUUCUCGUUACAAUAAAACCCAAACAAGUAAUGUAGAGUGAAUUGGAUUAAUCUAUGAAUCCAAUAAAUCCAACAAAUACAAUGAACCCAAUUGAAUGGCAAUACGCUUCUAAUAUGUCAUUUAACAAGUGCUUAUCAUACCAAGUAGGCUGUCUUCAAUAUUUAAGUGGGUUAAAGAAGCACAUGGUAAUCUCUCUCUAUACAGAUUUACCCCCCUUUUGCAAAUCCAAGCACGGGUUGACUCUGAAGUGAAAACAGGAGGGAUUCACCGUGGCUCAGCCGACAUGAACACUAGUGAAAGGGCUCGCAGCUUGCCCCGACUAACAUCACCGCCCAACGACAGCAUGCUGGCUGAAGUGGGCUAAUGCUGGCAAUUUUAUGGCAACCAAAAACGUAAUACAGCCUGCCACCACCGACUGACACACCGGCCCGAUGCUGGUGUGUGCUAAACAGAAGACAUAUGGCCGUGUCAUGAUGUGGUUGUGAAGAAGCCUGCUCAUCAUUCAUCAACUUUGAGUUUACAUUUUAAGAUAUCAAAGCGUAGCAUUGCAGCAUUGUCCCUUGCAGGAAGCAUUAUUCAAUGCAUGAUUAGAGUAUAAACAUGCUAGGUGUAAGGUAGACUAUAACAGAUGUACUUCAUGGUGCCUGUACAGCUGCUUAUUGACCAGUUGUGGCUAUCUAAAAUGUACCUAAUGUAUUGGAGCUUCGUAACAGGCUAGUUUUACAUGAGAUAUUGAAUUCUGCCAGUGUUUCUUAGACCUUUUAGACCAAGGCGUAAUAGCUAUUUCCUUUCUUUGUGCAACACUUAAAGACCAAAAGGGGUGGAAAAUGGUGUGUGUGGUAGAUGGCUGGUCAUGCACCCCUACCUGAUCAGACUCGUGUUGUAGUUGCAUCAUGGCGAACCCCGUCUAUUAGACUUGCCAUCGUAUAUUGACGUAGCCCAGUGUAAGUACGGUCGGAUUCCCCUUGCACCCAGAAUUCAUCAAGCUAAGUGCUUGAUGAAUUCUCCUUCACAUCUUUCCUCUACCUUUUCCUCACCUCAUGUCCGAUGAGGCCAAGGAAAAGAGGUUAGGAAAGGACAUGGGACGUAAUCAUUUGAGCUAUCCGAGAGCAACAGAGCCAUCCCUGCACACACUCAGGGAGAGGACUCUGACUUGUUAGCAUUCACCCCCUGCUUUGCUUCUAACAUCUUGCCAACUCUCGAAUAAAACCAUGGAAGCAU